CCGGUCUGCUGUAGGCCUAUUUAUUCAGGCACCUCCAAGUGUUCCUCAGUCCUCUGUCAGCAAACAUGGCCACAGACUUUUCAAAGAACGCAGUGGAGAGGCCAGAGCCCUUUAAGGCAGAAGUAAAAGGGAGCAUUCCCACCUGGCUUCAAGGCAUACUGCUACGCAAUGGCCCUGGCAUCUUUUCCGUGGGGGACACCAGCUACAACCACUGGUUUGAUGGGAUGGCCAUCAUGCACAGCUUUGCCUUUAAAGAUGGUGAAAUGACCCACAGAAGCAGAUUCCUUAGAAGUGACACCUAUAAAGCUAACAUGGAAGCAAACAGGAUAGUUGUGUCUGAAAUGGGGACAAUGGCCUAUCCAGACCCAAGCAAGAACUUCAUUGUCAAGGCAAUUACCUUUCUCAACCACACAGUGCCUGAUUUUACUGACAAUGGCGCAAGCAACUUCAUGAAAUAUGGAAACGACUACUAUGCUACAUCUGAAACGAACUACAUUCGCAAGAUUGAUCCUGUGACCCUGGAAACUCAGGACAAGGUGGACUACAUGAAGUAUCUGGCUGUAAACUUGGCCUCAUCCCAUCCACACUAUGACAAGGAGGGCAAUGCCUACAACAUUGGAACUUCAAUAGCAGAGAAGGGAAAGACUAAAUAUAUUCUGUUUAAAGUCCCUACAGCGUCAGAGAAAGACAAAGGCAAGAAUGUCCCUGCACUGAAGAAUGUGGAGGUGAUCUGCACAGUUCCCUGCCGCUCCCUUCUCACACCCAGCUACUACCAUAGCUUUGGCAUGACCGACAACUACUUCAUCUUCAUUGAGCAGCCUUUCAAACUGGACAUCGUCAAGAUGGCCACUGCAUACAUGAGGGGAGUCAACUGGGCAAGCUGCCUGAAAUUCUGCCCUGAGGAAAAUACUCUGAUCCACCUGAUAGACAGAAAGACUGGCAAAGAAGUUGAGACAAAGUUCUACACUGGAGCAAUGGUCGUCUACCAUCAUGUGAAUGCUUUUGAGGACAACGGUCAUGUGAUCUUCGAUGUCAUUGCCUACAAUGAUAACAGUCUUUAUGAUAUGUUCUACCUGAGCAAGCUGAGGGAAAACACUGGGUUCCAUGACGAGGGCUACUCCAAACCAAGUUACAGAAGAUUUGCAAUUCCCAUCCAUUCAGACAAGGGCAUUGCAAUUGGAGAGGACCUGGUGAAACUCAAAUACACGACAGCCAGUGCUGUGAAGGAGAAAGAAGGCAAACUAAUGUGCCAGGCUGAAGUGCUCUUAGAAGGCUUCGAAUUACCCAGAAUUAAUUAUGACUUCAACAGCAAGAGGCACCGGUUUGUCUAUGGGAACUGUGUGGAGGAAUCUGCACUAGCAAAACAGAUCGCCAAGUUUGACACGGAAACCAAGGAAAUGGUCUACUGGACUGAAGAUAACUGCUGGCCAUCAGAGCCGGUGUUCGUCCCCAGACCAAACGGAGAGUCAGAGGAUGAUGGUGUGGUUUUAGUAUCAGUUAUCAACUCCAACCCAGGCCAGCCUUGUUUCAUGCUGAUUCUUGAUGGCAGGACAUUCAAGGAAGUUGCUCGAGCAUAUGUGAACACUGAGCUCCACAAGGACGUGCAUGGAUUUUUUAUCCCACAAGGAAAUUAGUCAGAGAUGUACUUAUGCCUUUGGAGAACUUCCAAACAACUGUUCCCAAAUAGUAUGGCACAGGAAUCUUUUUGAACACUGAAAAACACACUGCUGAAUAGUGCUGUGUUAUAGACCAAAGUGUAAUGAGGACCAACAUAUAUUCAUGGACUGCCUCAUAUCUGUAAAAUUAUACUGAUUGUAUCAAAACAAAUAUUUCUUCAUAUGUUUAUUAAUGAGAUGCAGAUUUAUUGAUUUUGUUGCUUAACCAUGUAUCAGUGUUUCUUAUGUCUACAUUACUCUAUUGUGUUGUUAUGACUGUCAUACUUGAGUUUAAACUUUUCACAAAAAAGAUUAAAAAAAAAAAGUGAAAGUAAAAAGUAAAGUUCUGACAUGUAU